AUGGACGCUACUGGAGCAUCGAACAAUCGUGAAUUCCCUGAAGCUGUGGAGCCCACUUCGUCGGUCGCCUUCCAGGAUAAUGUUUCCUGGAGUAUACGCCUGAAGGACUACCUUACGGUAGCCUGCCAUAGGUAUCAAUUGUUGUCGGCAUUCAUGAUGGCGUUGACGGCGCUUCUGAUAGCCUUUAUUACCAACGGGAACGCAUUCGGAUGGCUACAACAGAAUAGUGCAGUGGCUACUACGAUGGCCGUAUUCGCGUUCUUCAUCCGACGUUCCUUCUUUUCCACCAGGAGCGUCUACUGUAUAGAUCAUUGCGAGUUCAAUCCACCUGAUGCGUGGAAAGUCUCUCGUGCUGAUAUCGUUGAGGCUCUCUCCACCGAACCCAACUUCACUCCCGAGAGCCUCGACUUCAUUCGGAAGCUCCUAGCUCACUCGGGAACCAGUGAUCACACCGCAUUUCCCCCGAAUUUGGUUAAGAGCCUCAAAACCCGUGAGCCUUGGUCGGCCACUCUGGAGGAUUCGCGUGAAGAAGCCGAGACGGCCAUGGGUGAGGCCUUACGAGGUUUGAUGGAUAAGACGGGAAUUACGGCAAGGGACGUCGAUGUUCUCAUCAUCAACUGUUCCCUCCUGUCCCCCACACCAUCUCUCUGUGCUCUACUAGUCAAUAAAUUCGGCAUGCGCAGUGAUAUACUAACCUACAAUCUCUCCGGUAUGGGAUGCAGUGCCAAUGGUGUAUCCAUUGAUCUCGCUCAACGCGUCCUGCAAAAUCCCAAGAACAUGAAUUGUGUGGUUAUCUCUACCGAGUCGAUCUCUCAAGCUAUAUACACCGGUAGCGAGCGUAGCUUCCUCGUUCAGAAUACACUCUUCCGUUGUGGUGCUACGGCCAUCCUCCUCACCAAUAAGCCCGACACUCGAGCCAAAUACAAGUUACUCGACGUCGUGCGUGCUCAGUUGUCGAAGGGCGAUGAUGACUAUGGCUGCGUAUGGGAGGCUGAGGACAAGGAUGGCCACAAAGGAGUGUUCCUUGCUAAGAAUAUUGUUGAUGUUGCUGGCAAGACUAUGACGGUCAACUUUAGACGACUUAUCCCUCGUAUUUUGCCCAUCCCGGAAUUGCUAAAGGUUGCCUUUAACAGGAAGUAUAUUCCAUCUUUCAAGAAAGGUAUCAACCAUUUUUGCAUCCACGCCGGUGGAAGAGCAGUUUUGGAAGGUGUGCAGAAGAAUCUAAAGUUGAGUGACCGUGAUAUUCUCCCAUCUAAGUUGUCCCUUUAUCAUAUGGGUAAUACCAGUAGCAGCUCCAUCUGGUAUGAACUAGGUUUUACGGAGCGCUCUGGUGAUUUGAAGGCUGGUCACAGAGUCCUUCAAGUCGCGUUUGGCAGUGGGUUCAAGUGUAACUCCAUGGUCUGGCUUUGCCUUCGUGUAUAGUUCUCAAUGAGAACUUCCCAUCGUUAGUGCAAAGAGACUUUCCUAUCUUGCGCUACUCGUCUCGUACUCCCAUGUCAAGGAAUGUUUGUCACAAUGCUUUUUAGCGAGUUUGAAUACGAGUUGUCUCCC